AUGGCGGCCAACAGAGUCAAGCAAGAUGAACAGAAUCGUCAAGCGCUGCCAGAACUCACAUUGACAAAUGUGCUGGGAGACGUGAAGAAUGUGGUACACGGUCUCAUAUUCGAUCCUGAUUAUAACGUCAUUGUAUUCCCAGGGAUCUUCCUCGUCGAGUCGCUGUUAGUAAAGGUGAUUAGAGCUCGUGUUCCAUACACAGAUAUCGACUAUACGGCUUACAUUGAUCAGAUUGAAAUCAUCAACUCUGGUGAACUCGACUAUGAGAAUAUCUACGGCGUAACAGGCCCGCUGGUGUACCCAGCUGGGUUUGUAAAAAUAUACCAGGUGAUGAAUUGGAUCACAAACGGGACCCAGGAUAUCGCAAUGGGCCAGUUGGUAUUUUCAUGGCUUUACUUGCUAAAUCUGUUCCUUGUGCUGGUGAUCUACUUCAAUCUGGGCGUGAAGCCAUGGGUCGGCGUUCUGUUGAUGUUGUCAAAAAGGCUUCACUCAAUUUACAUCCUCCGGUUGUUCAACGAUGCCUUCACAACGCUUUUCAUGGUUUUGAUGGUGCUAGCAUUACAAUACGCAGGUCUUUACAAGAAAUCAAUGAGAUCUUUGUCCAAGGUGUUGACGAAUUUCAUCGCUCCAACGUUCUUCUCAUUGGCCCUUUCCAUAAAGAUGAACGCCCUGUUGUAUACACCGGGGUUCUUGCUUAUACUUUAUUUUCUCAAUGAUGAGAUACUGCUGUCACUGAUGAUACCACUCGCUGUUGUUCUGUUCUGGCAGUUGUUUAUAGGCGCCAGCUUCUUGUUUAACGGGGCAACCAUCAGAGAAAGUUAUAUCACAAAUGCAUUCGACUUUGGACGCCAAUUCAUGUACAAAUGGACAGUGAACUUUCGUUUCGUACCAGAGGAAACUUUCAACUCGACAUGUUUCCACAAGUCCCUACUAAUAAUUCACAUAUGCUUGCUCUUGUUCUUCCUCUUUACAAAAUGGGUAACACCGAGAGUGAUUUCAAAGUCAAUUCCACAGUUCAUCAACGAUGCGGUACACAUCUCAACAGAAACAUUGGAGACUGGUCACAUAAUCCUCGACAGAGCUUGUGGACCCCGCUAUAUCGUUGGUGUUUUGGCCAGCUGCAAUCUCAUUGGAAUCAUCUGCGCACGCUCUUUGCAUUACCAGUUUCUCUCAUGGUACGCUUGGACAUACCCAUAUCUUAUCGGUUCAGCAAAUACAAACAUCGUUAUUGGAGUUGCCCUCUGGACCAUUCAUGAGUGGUGCUGGAAUGUCUAUCCAAGUACCUUUGUUAGUUCGCUGGCGCUAGUAACCUGUAACCUGAUUGUGUUGGGAAUUUACUGGUUCAGCUCUUGUACUCCACAACCUUCAACACCUAGCGAUAAUUUACAAGAGCAUUCGGAUAACGAAAAGAAGACCAAAUAA